AUGAGCCGGCGAGAAAAACAACACACCGACAGCUCAUGGACGAGUUCUCUACAAGAUGCCAUGGAGCAAAAUCUCCACCUUGAGGAAAAGCUACUUGAAGAGGAGAUCAAUACCCCUCAAGUUCUCUUGAGGAGAUUGCUGUCGACACGAUCUGUGGUGUCAACAUCUUCAUCGUUCGCAGAACGUCAACAGGCCGCAGUUGGCUGCACAUCCCUGUUUCGAGAGAUUGGAACAGGGUCGAUUGGGAAGGUAUUUGAACAGGCUGGUACAUUGUGGGCAUUCAAGGUACUCCUUAUAGAUCGCACCGAUAAACUUUGGAAUAAUUAUUUGAUGCACCUACGAAUCCAAGAUAGCUUCGACCGACUUGGCGACGGUUCAGGCGGUCUCGAGAUUCCUCGAGCUGCCUGGUUCGCGAAUAGAGAAUCCGAGUUCUGGUCCGAAAACAUCCACCUAUUCCCAGAUGAUCCUACGUUUCCUCGUCGACCUCGAGAAAUCCUCUGCAUGGAAAGAAUAUUUCCCCUUCCCCAGCCAAUCCGUCAUGCCCUAAUCGAUCUUUUCUGCAACCCGAAUAAUGUCGCCAUGGCCAAGAGCGAUGCAUCGAACAAAGAUUGCCUGGUACGCCUGUUUCUUGGUCGGAAGCGAUACGGGGCAUCGCGUCCUGGGGGCAGUCGGUUUUUUUCCCUGAGGAAUUACACACUGCACGUCGAUCAGAUGGAAGAACUACAACUAGAUGCGGAUGAAUAUGCGGUUAACAUGGCGGACGCACUCGCCGUUAUGCACUGGCAUACCAAGAUCGAUGCCAUGGAUGUUGAGUUCGUCCUGGGAAGCACCCCAUUCGACCACAAUUCCGUGCGUCGCCCUCCACCGCUUCAAGACAUCUUACGCCUUACACCUGGGACAAGUACAUUUGAGCGCGCCACGAACACUGUUCCUAACUUCAAAAAGCGCAUUGUGAGCCUUUGGUUGCUUGACUUCGAUGCUUGCGGUCCUAUUACGAUGAAUACAACAGGAGUUAACCAGGCAGUUAAGGCUUUCAUUGAAAAUGAGCCCUACUGCCCCCGUCCGUACAUGAAAGACGCUUACUCGGAGCGACUUUGGCGCAUAUUCUCCCAGCGUUACCUGGAGACAGGGAGAAAGAUAACUGCUGGCAGUCCUUCGCAGUCAUUGCCGCAGCAAUUUAUCCAAGGUGUGAUGGCCAAGCUGUCGCCGCCAGACCAACUCCCACCGCGUCAAGCCACAGGCACAGUCUUAGGAAUGGGUGAAUCUUCAGGGGGCAGAGGGCCUAUACCUCAACAACAACAACAACAACAACAACAACAACAACAAUCGAGCCGGACCCCAUCUAGACGUGGUCAAGGCGGGCAAAGGGGCGGUAGGGGCUCGAUUGUUGGCUCGUCAAAGAGAGGCCCUGGAAAUCGCGGACAAGGUCGAGGAUAUCGUUGA